AUGAGGGAAGAAGAAGAGGCCCGUCUCUCCCAGAUCCAGGCCGAUCUCGACUCCACAUCCACUGCAUCGACUGCCCUCUCCAAAGUUCGAAUCGACGAGCUUCUUAUAUCAGCGAUUCCAAAGAAGAAGGGACAUUAUGUCGGUUUGGGUCGUCGAUCCAAGUCGACUCCUUCUACAUCCCAGGUUGAUCCUAUGCUGAUAGAUCAACUGAAGGAUAAGGAUGCCCGCAUCGCUAUGUUGGAGGCGAAGAUGGCGGCUCAAGAGGCUGCUAGUAAGGCAGAAAGGAGGCGGAGUGAGAAGAUGAUGGAGGCGUUCUUGAAGCAAUUCCCAGAGCAUAACUUCGACAACGACGACGACGAGGAGUAG